AUGAAUUGCUCCAUUCUUCGACUCCAACGAGUCAGUCGUGUGGCUUCUCGUCGCUAUUCCAGCAGUAAGCCUGAGAUAACCCAGUCAGAGGCUUUUAGCAAACGCCAACAGACUGGUACCGAUUUUGUACGUCUGAAUAUGCUUCAAGAUUCGUACCCCUCAUACAAACGUAUGAAGGGUCAAUUCUUCCUUAAUACCACUCAUGGCCCACCUGUAAUUACACGAAAGAAUGCCCGGACUCCAGAUUUCAUACGGCCUCUCCUCAAUGAUGUACAGACGGCGCAGCAGAAAGCAAAUGAGCAUUUGAUAAACUCGGCUGCUGUUCUGGGAGAGAAGAUCGUUCAUCCCAAAUUGGGCGAAGGCUAUCGAGAAAAUUAUCGUGUGCUUGAUAAUGACGCGUUCAUACCAAUCAAUUUCGCUGAUGGGCCAGAUUCGGUUCCACGUCGAUGGUUGAGGCGUUCUGAUACUAUGCAGCGGGAAGUAAACAUAUUCUCCUAUAAGUCCGACCUCGAGGAAAUCCCAAAAUCUAUAAACAAGAUCAAAAAGGAGGGACUGGAAGUCACAUGGCUGGAUAGCAAAGGUCGUGGCCCCAAGUCAGAACAUGUCACUGUUUACCCAUGGGAUUGGCUCCAUAAACAUAAGGUUUAUCGCGACAGAAACAAGUUUGAAAUGACCAGACAUGCGUUUGUUAAUGGGCUGCAGGGAGUAGAAAGAUCUGCGGAUGUAAUUCCUCAUAUUCCCAAUCCAGAUGACCAUGAUAUUGUCCUUUGGGAUUCGCGUAUCGAACAGAUCCCUCCUACUGUCAAAUACGAUGAAGUCAUGGCGAGCGACAGCGGUGUAGGGAAAUGGACACGCAUGAUUCACAAGUUUGGCUUCUGUUUCGUAGAUGGAGUUCCGAUAUGUCCUCUGAAAACUCAAGAGCUCCUCGAACGCAUCGCCUUUAUUCGCCCCACUCAUUACGGUGGUUUCUACGACUUCACAUCCGACCUGACAAUGAAAGACACAGCCUACACCAGUGAAGCCAUUGGCCCCCACACCGAUACAACUUACUUCACCGAUCCCGCCGGUCUCCAAAUGUUCCAUCUUCUUUCCCACACCGAAGGCACCGGUGGCGAAUCCAUCCUCGUCGACGGUUUCUGGUCUGCCCGAUUAAUUCGUAAUCGCUACAAAGAUGCUCUAUCAAAAAUAGCUGUCCCUUGGCAUGCUAGUGGUAAUGAAGGAAUCAAUAUUACUCCUAAUAGGCCAUAUCCUGUGAUGACCAUGGAUUCGAAUCGUAAGGCUACGCAGAUUAGAUGGAAUGAAGCGGACAGGGGCACCAUCCAUCCAGGGUAUUCGGAGGAGUGGUAUGAGGCGGCAAGGGAGUUUUCUAAUAGAGUUAAUGAUCCAAUGGGGCAGUAUCAGUCGCAGCUUGUGCCAGGACGGGCUUUAAUUUUCGAUAACUGGAGAAUCCUCCACGGAAGAACCGAAUUUACGGUUAAUCGCGAUGACUACGUCUCAAGAUAUUUGAACACAAACUUCACCCGAGAAGAGAUCUUGGCGAAGAUACUUUGA